AUGCACAUGAACCUUCGAAAGAAUAUCCGCCUUCCGCAGCACUUCAACCCAGACCAUUUUUAUGGCCCCAUGUCGCAACGAUCUUUGCGCGGAGACGACAAAAAGAGGCCAGCGUACACUGACUAUAAUCCGAACUUACCCCCUGCCGCAUUCCCGACGUUAGAGAGGCCGAGGGGAGCAAGAUACGGUCAGGAUAUACAUCAGAGGGACAACGACGAAGACAGACUGAACAAAGCCAGUCGAAGAAACAGUAGGAGGAGUUUUGAUGACUUAUGUGCAUCAGUAAAUCCUAAUGGCAAAAGGGAACCAUCGCCGACUGCUCAUGUGACGGAAAUACCGCUGGACCAGCUUGACAAUUACGUGGCGAGCAAUGGAGAGCUCAACCCUAUCUGGGUGAGCAAUAUGGCUCGGAUGGCUGCUGCUGGAAAGGAUGCUGAUGUCGAUAUGGACAUGGAAGAUACUGACUUGGAAGGGACGGUGACUGGGGAGUGUCGGUCUAUCUCGCCAGGGCCACAAAACCCGACCUGGGCUGACCUCUCACCACGAAUGCGAGCCGAGAUUUUUCAAAAUCUUUUAGAACACCACAGCUACCCCGCCGUGUGUCGGAUGCUUGACCUAACGGUCGAGGAGCGCGAUGACAUCGCAGACAUUUUGGAACUUCGCCGAAAUCAAAUCGAGCAGGAAGAUAUGCAGCUGGAUGCGAUGCGAGCAAAGCAAUUGAGAGAACUUUCGAAGGUAGACAAUAGUUUCAAAACCCAGAAACAAUCUUAUCAGCUUGUCUUCCGGAAAACUUCUCGUCAAACGUUCCGCGCACUAAGAGACUUCAUUGAACCAGAUAGGGACUUCUUCGCUUGCAAAUCAUCUGAACUCACGGUCGCGAAGAUCUUUCUACAUAAACGAGGUAUAGAAAGCAAGUUCGUGGGAAUCUGGGGAAAUGGCAGUGCUUCUAUUCACACUUCUGAUGGGGAAGCACCGCCCUUAGGGAGAGUUGGCUUUGAUGGCGCUUCUGGCCCUAAGCCUGUCUUCGGCACGAUCAAAGAAGCACACGCUCACCGUCUUAUCACCGUGCCUGAAUCCCAGUCAGAGACAUCUGCUACCUCGAAAACCACCUUCACAGAUUGGCUCGGAAACUCUUCGGCCGGCAGCUUACUGGAAAACGUUCAACCUAAUGGCAAACGAUCAAGGCCCGGGAAAUACCUCGCUCACUUUAAAGGAUCCAUUGACCAAGAAAAAGGUCGCUGUACACGUAAUAGAAGACAGAUUUCUGCAUUUGGGCUUCAUGAAUCACGACCUGUCCCGUCUGAGAUUCCGCAUGCUCGGUCGUCUUCCCCGCUUGACCGUCAUUCGUCUGAGAGAUUAGCCCUAAAACACAGGCAACAGCAACAGCCGCAGCGGCAGAACAACCACUCACCGCGACCAAGUUCAACACCAAACUGUCUGCCGAAGAACAAAAAGGCCUUCCUACUGCCACUUCCUCUCCAAAGUACUGAUGGUGAAUUGUACUCCCACCGAGUAAAAGCUCGCAAAAUCCCGUACUUUCAACCCUCGACAAAUGGACGGAGCGCAGGGACCAGACAGGUACAGAAUAUACAGCAGCAGAAAUUAAUAGAAAUACAAGCGCCGCAAGCCUCUACCGCAGACACAAUAUCCGACCCCUCGGAAUGGCUUCAGGAAGAACCACUCUCGACGGCUGAAUCGUCGUCAAGCCCAGACACGCGUCUAUCUCAAUUCUCAGACCUCCCAACACCACAGACGGUUGCUAUAAAUACGUCCUUCUCGAGCACUCGCGCUGGGUAUCGCGGCCGGCUUGUGGACGAGGACGAAAGGGGGGAUGAAUUCAUGCAUUGGGACGAGAUGAUCCUUCUCCCGUCGGACUGA